AUGCGUGUCAUCUGCGAUAAACAACGGUUUGGUAGUGCGACCCGUCGCAAUGCCGUCAUUGCAAUGAGCAAUCUGAUCGGCACGGCUGUCGCCUUAGACGAUGAGAUGCUCACCUUUUUGUGUGUUGAGGUACACAAUUUCGUGAAUAGCUGUUUUGGUGGUGAUUGGACUCCGCUGAUGAAUAUGCUAUGGCAUUUGUUACUCAGCACAACUGAAACAUAUGUUCGAUGCAAAAUUCUGGCCCAACCCGAUGCAGAAACUGGAGAUCUCGAAACGGAUGGGGUCGACUCUGAUGGCGACACGGUGGAGUACAACACGUUAGUCUGCGCGUUGAUCGAAUUUAUCUCCCAGCUGUCCGGGAUUAAAAGAUGUCGCACAAAGCUGACUCCGUAUUUGUCUAAUGUGUGCCUCCAACUUGCCCGACUGAUGCAACUCCCACGAUCUGUGAUUGAUCGAUGGUUAACAAAUCUAGGUGAAUUCAUCGAGGAAUCGGAUGAAUCUUUGGGCUAUUCCGUUCGAUUGACCACAUUGGACGUGCUCCAACGCUUUGCCUUGCGAUUCAGCAAUUGGAAUGACGCAUUCCACAACACUCUUUCGCAGUUGUUUGCACACGCAGAGGAGCAGCAUAGCAAAGGUGAUCCGUUUUGGUGGACGUCACUUGAAGUAGCGCUUUACUUAUGUGGUAGCUUCCCGCGUUCUUUCACCGCCAAAGAGAAAACCUCCAUGAGCAAAGAUGUCGCCGCAUUAGGAUUAGAUAUAAUCUCUUCGCGUUAUGUGAUGCCCAGUUUACAGCAGACCGGUACGUCAGUCUUUGUGUUCGUCAUAUCCUGUGCAUAA